AGUAUUGUACAGUGUGUGUGGGCGGGGCUCUGUUAUUGUCCGUACACAUGGUACCCCAGUGGAUGUAGACCUGUGUACGGAAAGCCGGUGUGGGGGCAUUUCUCGACAGGACCCCGGCGGUGUGGUGUACAUAGAAGGCGGGUGGGAUGUCUUUCCUCAGGGAGAUGGGGCUAGCUGCUGCCCUUCUGGCCGCUACCGGAGGAGCGGCAAUUGCUACAUGGAGCUACAUCAGUGCCAGGAGAAGGAAGGAAGCUGGACGGGACUGGAAACCACCACUCGAGGAGCCCCAGAAGACGGAGGAACCAUCUACUGUGCCUCAUUCCACACAGGACUCUGUGACCAGACAUUGUGUACAAGGAACAGAGCUAGGCGACUCCGACAUACAAAGGGGAGGGGGAGCAACAGGGCAGGGCACCGUGCUAGUGCCAGAGUAUGGGGAGAGAGCAGGGGGUACAUACACAGUACAGGGAGACAGGGCAUCAGCAGUGCAGGUGGAAGGAGACAUAGGGGGUCCAUACACAGUACAGGGAGACAGGGCAUCAGCAGUGCAGGUGGAAGGAGACAUAGGGGGUACAUACACAGUACAGGGAGACAGGGCAUCAGCAGUGCAGGUGGAAGGAGACAUAGGGGGUACAUACACAGUACAGGGAGACAGGGCAUCAGCAGUGCAGGUGGAAGGAGACAUAGGGGGUCCAUACACAGUACAGGAAGAUAAAGGAGCUGAGGAAGAUAGAUCAGCAGUGCAGGUGGAGGUAGAGAAAGAAUGCAGUGCACACACCUUGCAAGUGAAUGACAAGGCGGAGCAUGAAAGAUCAGCAGUGCAGGUGGAAGUAGAGAAAGAAUGUAGUACACACACAGUACAGGAUGACAGGCGAUCAGCAGUGCAGGUGGAAGUAGAGAGAGAAUGUAGUACACACACAGUACAGGAUGACAGUAGAUCCCAGCCAGAGAGAUCAGCAGUGCAGGUGGAAGUAGAGAGAGAAUGUAGUACACACACAGUACAGGAUGACAGUAGAUCCCAGCCAGAGAGAUCAGCAGUGCAGGUGGAAGUAGAGAAAGAAUGUAGUACACACACAGUACAGGAUGACAGGAGAUCCCAGCCAGAGAGAUCAGCAGUGCAGGUGGAAGUAGAGAACAAAUGCAGUACACACACAGUACAGGAUGACAGGCGAUCAGCAGUGCAGGUGGAAGUAGAGAGAGAAUGUAGUACACACACAGUACAGGAUGACAGGAGAUCCCAGCCAGAGAGAUCUGCAGUGCAGGUGGAAGUAGAGAAAGAAUGUAGUACACACACAGUACAGGAUGACAGGAGAUCCCAGCCAGAGAGAUCAGCAGUGCAGGUGGAAGUAGAGAACAAAUGCAGUACACACACAGUACAGGAUGACAGGCGAUCAGCAGUGCAGGUGGAAGUAGAGAGAGAAUGUAGUACACACACAGUACAGGAUGACAGUAGAUCUCAGCCAGAGAGAUCUGCAGUGCAGGUGGAAGUAGAGAAAGAAUGUAGUACACACACAGUACAGGAUGACAGGAGAUCCCAGCCAGAGAGAUCAGCAGUGCAGGUGGAAGUAGAGAGAGAAUGUAGUACACACACAGUACAGGAUGACAGGAGAUCCCAGCCAGAGAGAUCAGCAGUGCAGGUGGAAGUAGAGAGAGAAUGUAGUACACACACAGUACAGGAUGACAGGAGAUCCCAGCCAGAGAGAUCAGCAGUGCAGGUGGAAGUAGAGAGAGAAUGUAGUACACACACAGUACAGGAUGACAGGAGAUCCCAGCCAGAGAGAUCAGCAGUGCAGGUGGAAGUAGAGGAAGAAUGCAGUGCACACACAGUACAGGGUGACAGGAGAUCAGCAGUGCAGGUGGAAGUAGAGCGAGAAUGCAGUGCACACACAGUACAGGAUGACAGGAGAUCCCAGCCAGAGAGAUCAGCAGUGCAGGUGGAAAGAGAGAUAGAAGGUAGUGCACACAUAGUACAAGGUGACAGUAGAUCCCAGCCAGAGGGAUCAGCAGUGCAGGUGGAAGGAGAGAGAGCACAUAGUAAAUACACCGUACAGGUAGAUAGGAAGACAUACAUUGUGCAGGAAGACAGAAGACCAGCAGUGCAGGUGGAAGAAGAUAAACAAGGGAGUGCACACACCGUGCAGGAAGGGAGAUCAGAGCUGCACACAUCCCAUGUGGAGCCCCCUAUCAUAAAGGAGCUCAGUGACAGCGAUAUUUGUACAAAAGUACAACCUCAGGUAAAAGCCUCCUUGCGGAAACAAGUUGUGGUAAUAGGACAUGAUGGAUCUGGAAAAACAAGUGUCCUAAAUUCCAUAGCGGCUUAUAAAGGGAAAUUUGUCACAACACCUACAGCCGGUGUUAAUGCAUUGUGUGUCCAGAAUGGAACCUCUAAAAUGGAAUUUUUGGAAAUUGGAGGAAGCGAACAUCUUCGUCCCUACUGGAAAAUGUACCUCUCUAGAGCAUUUGCUGUCAUUUUUGUUGUGGACUCUGCAGAUCAUGGUCGCCUUCCACUUGCUAAAAGACACCUACAUCAACUGAUUCAACAAGAUGCAUUAAUUCCGUUAAUGGUUCUUGCUAAUAAACAGGACCUAAAGAAUGCAUACCACAUCACUGACAUUCAUGAGGCUCUUGGGUUGUCAGAUAUUUGUGAAAACCGGAAGCUCUUUUUAAUUGGGACUUAUGCGACAAAAGAGGAGUCUGAGGUUUCUUCUGGGAUUCUAGAUGCCAAGGAGUUUCUUGCACAGCUUCUUUCCGAAAGUUCUGCUAAAACAUCCUAAUUGCACUUGUUACAAGCGCAUGCCAAAGUAAUGCAGAGUACAUGCUGCAGUAAUGCUGUGUACUUUGUGAUUUUACUGUGUAAAAGAGUUCCUUUCAUUAUACUGUCUUAGUAAUAUAUUUCUAAAGAUCACAUUUAUUACGUUUGCAACUUGCCUUUUUAGAAAGUGGUGAUUAUUGACUACACAAUACAUAUUUAGUUGAACAUUGAACACAUGGCUAUUUCAAGAUUUUUCAUGAUCUAUUUUUUCAGCCUGAACAGAACUAUGAUGUUCAGGUUUUAUAUACUGGUAUCUGUCAAGGAGAAAGUCAACAUAACUGUGUAACAGAAUACAUGGAAUUUUGUUAUGAUUGGCCUUCAUUUAUCAAAUGGAUCAGAUUUUUUAUUUAUUUUUUCCUCCUUAAGCCCCAUUUACGCUAGUGAGUCUGCCAUCAUGCUGCCAUGCACAACAAUGUCAUUCUCUCUGGUGCCCGUUCACAUCAUUGCAACAUGGUGCAGUGCGGUUUUUGAAAGGUAGCUGCUUCUCUUGGUGCAACAUUGUGCACAUUUGGCCCUAUAGGCUUCAAUAGGAGUACAUGAAAAGUUAAAAAAAUACACAUGCAUAUGCGUUUUUCUGAUGCAUUUUUGUCAGGGUUCUGUAUUUAACAAAAAAUUGGCGUGAAAAGCAUGCUACAUAAACACACUGAAAACAGAUGAUUAUACAGCAGCACUAGUGUGAAUCUAG